GUUCACUAGUUUCUGUACUCACAUAGUCGUAAACCACGCCACGCUAUCUUUAAAAAUUAUAAGUAUAACCUCAAACCAAUGCCUAAAUCUAACACCUAACGUUAAAUCAAGACCAAGAAGCUAUUUGGUUUCCAAUUUGGAAUUUAGCAGCUGCGUUAUCUGAUUUUGCGGACGACUUUGUAGCUAGAGAAUCUAUUGGAAUUGGAAACCAUAAUUUAGGUAUCUGAAAAGUUCGUGAGCCGUCAAAAAUGCCUUCAGUUAGAGACUUUAAAUUAAGCUAUAAUGUAAUUAAUGAGCAUGAUACAUUUUCGGAAGGAGACUGUAUAUGCGGGAAAAUUACUUUGGAGUUAGCAAAGGAAACCAAAGUGAAAAGCCUUUUCAUCAAAGCGAAAGGAGACGCAGAUGUUGAUUGGACAGUGCGUACAAAAGACCUCACCAGGCAUUAUUCUGCACACAAAAGAUAUUUUAAACUUAAGGAGUUUAUUAUUGACGAAUCUCCAAAAGGUAGGACUUUUUUAACCGCAAUCUACUGAACCAACUAGCGUUGUUUGGCUGUAUUCAUUCCGCAAGGCAAACUAUUUUUAGUUGCGCGACGUUUCACUGACAGAAGAAAAGAGUGGGACAAUUUAAUCUAAAUGAUUUUCUAUUGGACGCAAUAUUGUUUGGUCCCUCCCUCUUUCUUUCCGUUUUAAAGUAAAACUAUUUUCGGGGGAAGGAAUGUUUAUGUUUUAAGUUUCGGGAUUUAUUUUAUUUUUUUCAGAAAUGAAUUCAUCCGAUUGCCACCUUAUUAAUUUGGUAUAUUUCUGUUACAGACAAUAUACUCUCCCCUGGGAUCCAUACAUAUCAAUUUAGCCUCCAAAUUCCUGAGAGAAGCAUGCCAUCAUCCUUCAGUGGUCUUUAUGGAGAGAUCGUGUACAAACUGGAAGUCAAGCUGGUCAGGGGUUGGUUGAAGACACACGAGGUAAAGAAGGAAAUCACCUUCGUCUCCAAAGCUGAUUUGAACCCUGGCCGGCUUAUGUCUCCACAGCAGGGCAUGAAGAACAAGUCAGUGGGUAUAUUCUCCUCAGGUCAGGUGACCAUGGAUGUCCACGUUGAAAGAAUGGGUUUCAUGCCAGGUGAGCGGGUGGACAUCCAUGCAAACAUCCAGAACAACUCUUCCCGUAACAUUAAGCCAAAAUUCAGUCUGAAGCAGGAAGUGAGUUUCACAGCUAGUGGCAGUACAAAGACUUCAAACCAGACAGUCAUCAAAGUUGUUGGAGAGCCCAUCCUGUCCAAAAGUAGACAAAGUCUUUCUACAAAAUUGCAGAUACCUGCUGACCAGGGAUUGUCCAUCCUGAACUGUAACAUAAUAAAAGUAGAGUACAUUCUAAAGGUUAGCUUGGACAUUCCUUUUGCCAUGAACUCCGAGGUCAACCUUCCAUUGGUUAUCAUCCCUUCCUGCUUCCGGUCCCACCAAUCACCCAACAGACCUGUAAGGGUUGAAGGUGGUCCCAGGAACAAUCACUUCCCGUCUAAUACAGCCUUGGGACCACGUCCUCGUUCCAUGGGUUCAAGGAGGGUGCUGUAUCCAUCUGUUCUGCCGGUGUGUCUUGUACCUGCAGCCAUGGGAGGACGAUAUCAGCUGGACCCACGGCGACCGUGUGCUCCCAUGAUUCCUCCACCCCCAACUCCCCCACCAUCGUAUACACUCCAAAGUGACCCGUUGUUUCCUCUACCUCCAACUACAGCACCACUUCAUCCACCCCUGAUGUCAUCAUGUCCCUCUUCUCAAGAGACAGAGGAACCUCCAUCUUAUUCUUCUCUCUUUCCUGAAACAACUUGUCCUCACACGCCAUGAACUCACCUUUGAUAAACGUCAGAGUCUGCUGAUCCACUCCCAAUGUGACAUACUUAGUAGGUUUAGGAACAGAAUGCCAGUAUUAUGCCAGUAUUAUUCCAGUAGUAUGCCAGUAUUAUGUCUCAGCAGUGUUUCAAAUCUAUAGCAUACACUUCCACAUUUGUGACUCUGAGUUCUGUUUGCCAGUUGAUAAAUGAUGCAAUAUUUAAAAACCAUUGCAAAUAUUAUGCUAUGGGGCCUUUUCUGUGUGUCUGUAUUGGAUUAACUCUAUUGAAACAGAAUGUAUAGAACUGAUAAUCAUUGAUAUGAUUAAGUACAAGUAUUAAUCCUGUGUUUACGCUUUUAUUCCUGUCCCAAAGAUGCAAUAUUGGUGGAUUACUUUUGAAACUGUGCCUAGAUCACUUGUAUGGUGCCUUUUUCAGUGCCUCUAUGAAUUAAUGUAAACAGCUUUUUAGCAGCACUUUUUCUGAGGUUUAAUGAUGCAGGGACUUUUGCGAUGAACACUAUUUCUUGUUUUGAACCUCCCAUUUUGGGUUGGAUUUGUAAUACCUUGUUUACAAGUAGAACUACAUACUUCAGUUAGCCGUGAAAAUGUAUUAUUUAAGUAUGUGGUUUUGAUGAAAUAGGGCUCGAAUUUGCACAUACGUGACAGUUUCCCCUUUUUUCUCAACAGCACCACUUUCACAACCAGUGGUCAGAAAUCACUGAAUUAAUCUUUAACAACACAGUAUUAUUGCACAUGUACACUGUAAACCCUAAUGUAUUUCUGACUCAAAUGUUUCUACAAAGUGUAACUCAAAGUUAGAAUUUUUUU